GGAAAAUGGAGUCUGCCCUAUGCCAAGCAGCUCAGGUGCAUCAGUGUCUCGCUGUGGGGCCAGAAUGUCCCGGUGAAACUGAGACUCAUGGAGAACCAUGUAGGGAAACCCCCAAAAGAGGUGGAUGUAAAAUGCAAGAACAGGAGAGAAGAAAGGAUGAAACAACCCAGAAGAGGAAGAAGAAAUCCCCUACGUCUGAGAGCAAUGACUACCAUGAAAGUGCAGUCCAAGGAAAAAUUGAUAAAAGAAAGGAAAGGAGUAAAUGCUGUGUGUGUAACAAGAGCUUUGAUUCUAAAGCAAGUCUCAAAGCUCAUUCGAAAAUCCAUCCAGGAGAAAAACUAUUUAAGUGCCAGGAGUGUGGAAAGAGCUACAGUGUGAGCUCAAGCCUUAUUUCUCAUCGAAGAAUUCACACGGGGGAGAAACCAUAUAAAUGUGCAGAGUGUGGCAAAAGCUUCAAUAGAAGCACAAGCCUCAGCGAUCAUCAAAGAAUUCACACAGGGGAGAAACCAUAUAAAUGCCUGGAGUGUGGCAAGAGCUUCAGUGUGAGCACACAUCUCACUUCUCAUCAAAGAAUUCACACAGGGGAGAAGCCAUAUGAAUGCCUGGAGUGUGGAAAGAGUUUCAAUGUGAGCAGAAACCUCAGCAGACAUCAAAGAAUUCACACAGGGGAGAAACCAUAUAAAUGUGCAGAGUGCGGAAAGAGCUUCAAUGUGAGCACAAAUCUCAGUAGACAUCAAAGAAUUCACACAGGGGAGAAACCAUAUAAAUGCCUGGACUGUGGAAAGAGCUUCAAUGUGUGUACAAACCUCACUUCUCAUCAAAGAAUUCACACAGGAGAGAAACCAUAUACCUGCUUGGUGUGUGGAAAGAAGUUCAGUUUGAUUACACACCUUAGUUGUCAUCAAAGAACUCACACAAGGGAGAAGCCAUAUGAGUGCUUGGAAUGUGGAAAGAGCUUCAGUGUGAGCACAAACCUCAGCAGACAUCAAAGAACUCACACAGUGGAGAAACCAUAUCAGUGGUUGGCAUGUGGAAACAGUUUCCAUGUGAAUAUUAAUCUAAUUUCUCAUCAAACAGUUCACACGGGGGAUAAACAAUAUAAUUACUUGGAAUGUGGAAAGAGUUUCAGUCAGGAGAUAAAUCUCACUCCUCAUCAAAUAACUCACACAUAACCAUAGAAGUGCUUGGAGUGUGGAAUGAGAUUUGGUCAUAAUUCAACCCAUGUUUCACAUUGACUGGGUUCGGA